UUUACUAAUCUACCUCCCCAGUUUAUUCGCACAUAUAGUGUGUAUCUGUAUUUUUCAUUUGCGUUUGCUCCCGGCAUUUCUUCAUCAGGAGCAGUGCAUUUAUCGUUGCGGAGCCCAAAGUACAACUUCACAUCCGACUUUCCCCACUCAUUUUGAACAACUUGAAUUUCUAGGACGAGGACGGACUCGCGCUACGGCAGUUCCCGUGUUUUUUCCCGUUCUGGCCCCUUGCAUGAUCGCAACAAAAUGAGUUCGUCCUCCGAAGAGCAGCAAGAAGAGCAGGAGUUCAACAGCACGGGAAACUACUCGGAGCAGGAUUUCGCCUCGACGGGAGGGAAUUCGGAGCACGAUUUUGAGUCUGUGCACGGCGGGAACAAUAGCAACCACGGGGACAACAAUUAUCCCUACAACAGCGACUCUGCUGGAAAUUACGACAGUCUCGGCGAGGAUGGGGCUGAAGAGCAUAAUCUGUCUUCGGAAAACGAGCUAGAAGUUGCGGAGAACGCGCUUUUGUCCGCUUCCCGGUUUUCACAGGUCACGUCCAACCACGAUAAUUAUCUUGAGCAGGAACUCCCCGCCGUCGCGCAAGUGGACACCAGGUACGUCAACGAUCCGUUUUCGGCGUUCGGCGAUGGGGAACACAAUUCCGGCCAGUCGGAAGAUCAUUCCUCAGAGGACCAAUUUGAAGACGAAGCCUUCCAGUCCCCGAUAGCGGCAGCCGCUCCACGAACGAUUCUACCAGAGGGGGAGGGGCUGGUGAUGAGCACCACUUUAGUACCAGAGCGUGGGGUCGACGACCUCCAACAGCAUCAGAGCUCCAGUUCGAGCGAUAUUCCGGAUGGUAUUGUCUACGGGUCUGGGCUGAUGCAGGGUAAAGCGGUCGAUGAGGAGGACGAUGACGAGGACCAUGAGGUUGACACGCAAUUGACAAGGACCGUCCUUGCGGCCAGCGGCGGGGCUUUGCCUCCGGGCGGCGCCGUUCUGGUCGAGGGCCAAGCGGGGUUUGAAGACGACGGUGUUGAGGGCAGCCAAGGGGAGUUGGCGGAAAACCUCAGCCUGGUGUCGUCUUCUUUGGAAAAAAUCAACGGUUUGAAAACGAAGAGCAACACUUCUUCAAAAACAGCCUGGGACCGCGAGCAGGAGAGACAGAGGAGACAGGACAUGAUCACGGAAAGCAGGGCAAAAGCUGUCGUGCAAGUGGUCGCACCGACCGCCACCAGAAUGGUCUACCACCAGCAACAAACGACCUCGAGUAGAAGCAGGCCCGGCAUCAGUACAACUUCCAGCAAGACCGAGAGUGUGGAAGACGUGAAGGAAAAGCUCGCAUCGUUGCAGGAGCGUAGGAACGAGCGCACAGCCAAGAUGAACAACUACCUCCAGCGUCACGACAUUGUGUCGCCGACACGGGUGGGAGGAGCAACAGCAACAGCAACUUCUACAUCGAAUCGGCCUAAUAUCGCACCAAUCACAGCUACGACCCUCGAUCUAAACGCGGCCCGGCGGCAGCAGGCGGAGAAGCGAUCGAGCCCGCGACAGCACAAGACCAAGCACGUACUCGCCGCGACGUACCGCAAAGAGAUUUUAAGCGCUGCGUCGAACGCCGCAACGACCAGUGUGUACGACACCUGCUCCGCACCGAGUACGGCUCGGAACAAUUUGAUGAAGCAGCAGCUGUUGGCCGAUCCCGACCGUCUGUUUGACGAGGAAGAGGAAGAUGAGGAGGACGACGUCCCGGCUUACACCCUGCCGAUGAAGCUGAUCGCCAGAACGAACUACGAGGAGUCAGAAGAAGAGGAAGUGGUCGAUGACUUGGACAACGGCUUGCUCUUAGACUUCGACUUAGACGUCGCUCAGCUACAGGCACAGCAACAGAUGAUGCAGCAGGCGGGCGGGAAUGGUCCUCAGAUGAGCACCCGACCAGGUGGCAACUUGGGUGGAAACAAGAGUCUGCGCAUGAAGGGCGGCGGCCUAUUCUCCUCGGCAUCAACGUCCGGUCCGCAGAAUUCCUCCCCUCCCGGCCCUGCUUUGCGGGGCAUUAUGGCUGGUAGUGGACUACAGCCUGCACCUGCUGUCGGGUCUUCUUCAUCUCAGUACCGCGGGCGCAGUGGGGCUGGAAGUAGUAGUGCAGAGAGGAGGAGAAAAAACAGCCCGGGCCGCAGUGCGGAAGACCACAGUACGGGGGUGCUGACCACAAAAUUCGGCAGUAACCGUAUUCCAAACAUCGCCCCACGAGCGGCAGAGCCGUGCCUCGAGGUGGUGAACUUGGGCACACCGCCGCCAACCGCUGUUUCUUGCUUUUACGGGGGCGACGAGCGGAGCAGUGCACCCGCGAGCGCCCGCACCUCGGGCAGUGCGAGGGGAUCUGCCAGCACUAGUAACAACAAUCCGGCACAGAGACCGCCAUCGCUGGGGGGAAGCAACUACCAAAUCAUGUUGACGCGUGCGAGCGAUGCGAACCACGAGCAGGUGGACAUCACGCCGCGAAAGAAGGACCCGACCAAGCACCCGGAGUUCAAGAAGCUGCAAACGAGCAUCAGUGCGAAGAUAAAAAUGCCGGAUGUUCUUGGCUACAACGUGCAGUCCAUUCUCGCCGGGCGAGACGCGAGCGAGUUCUUCUCGCCUCUCCCCGCCGCGAGCGCGACAGCCGCGCGAAAUAAUGCCACAGGCGGGCCGCUGUCGUCCAGUGGGACGAACAAGGACUACAAGGUACUGGAAUACCAGAAGAUCCAGCCGACAAAACAGCCCCAGGCCCCGACGUUCUUCAAGGCGCCAGAUUUGGCACAGCACUUCCAUGCGAUCGAAGCUGCGAAGAAGAAGGAAAUUGAGGACCAACUUCGGAAACAGCGCGAGGAGGAGCGGCGCCGACUUGCCGAAGAGGAGGAGCGACGACGGUCUAUUGCUGCGAUUCCCUUAAAGCCGAUGCUCGGGCGCCCGGUAGGCAUCGGCGCCAAUCUGCAGAACGUGGUCCGGCUGAACCAGCAAAAGUGGGAGCAGACAGAGGUCAAAUUUGGCGAAAGAUCCGCGUCUGCGGCGAGGCGGAAGCAAGCAGAGGCACACGCGAAGCUUCACCAGAAGAUGGUAUUAUACAUAGGAGUUAGGUUUCUGUAAAUUAGAAUUUCCCGCCUUUCUACACUUUGAUAUGAUCCAACACGGCUAUCGCAUUUUGUUUUCGACGUUGUGAUUUUUUUCACCAAGAACUACGAAAGCGUAGUUGAAGUUGAAGUUGAUCUUUUUUUCAAAAAAAAAGAUCACGAGAGCGUUGAAGUUGAUCUUCAUUUGACAUAGUCAAAACAAAAAUCCUAAAACAGCCGACACGCGCGAUGCAUACGCAGCACCACCAACAAUCGCCGUCCUCUCCCCGACAUAACUUUUUGGCACCGCCGACCGCCGGGCAAUCUCCUCUGAAGAGCAGUCUUCCUGAAACCAGCAGAGACCCAGAGCUGUAUGCGUCGUCCAUCUCCGCGACGGCCGACCAACAACUACCGCACCAUCGCGCACCAGACGGGCUCGGGGCCUCGGGGGUGGAGAGCCUUACUACUUCCUUUGACAGAAUUCGGCUCCCCUACGAGGUGGAGGGAAACGAAGAGGUGGAGGAAAACAUGGAGCGCAUCGAGAGUGUGAUCAACAAGGUCGCGGCUAACACGAGGCGGGCCAAGCUGCCGAUCCAACUACCGCUGAACACGUUGCACCUCACGCCCCGAAUCGUGGACUUGAGCACCCUGGCCGCGGCCAGCAGUGCGCGGACCGGGUCGCCCCCAAUCACCGCACGGGCCGAGGGGGAGGGAAUCCCCCCUCCCAUGAACAGCAGCAAAGACAAGCAGCUACCCUUCGAAACACCACGAGAAAUGGACACUCCGCGUUCGCCGAGAGCGGUGGUCGGUUCUUUGGCUUCAAGGGUAAAGCGCAUGAGCAAACCCCUAACGACGAAGCAGUAUGAACAGCCUACAGAGGCUCCGGAAUUCAUCGAGGAACUACUGUAUAAAUGAUUUACAUUUUCUAUUUUGUUGUCGUCUCUGUAGCUGUCCACUCACUGUGCUGCUUUUCAAUCUGAAGUCUUCAGAUUCAGAAGAAUUUGUAUUUGAAACUUCUUGUCUAUAUAUGAUGCAGCAUCACCAAAAGUUUUAUCUAUCACACAACAGCGAACCAAGCCAGCUUCGUUUGUGUUCGAAUCCGCCGUCCGUGGGGGCGAGCAAGAAGUCGAUGGAUGUUCCGGAGGACGAGAAGAUCAACCCCUGGUACACUCCGGGGGAGUACGAGCAAAAUAACGGGAGCAAGUUCUCCAUGAACGUGAUUGGCGCGGCGGAAGAUCAAGAACAGAGUCAGAACGUCGACCCCAUGGUAGAGGUUUCGAAGACCAUCGGCAGGAUGCAGCAAAUGACGAGUUUGCCGCCCCGAAACCUCCCAAAGGGAACUCUCCGGGAACACCAGAGCCGGUCGUUUUUCGACCGAAUUCCGAAAACCCCCCGGGACGGCAAGAUGCAGAUGCCGGCACCGCUGGUGUGUCCCGCGGGCGCGCAGAUCGACGAGGAGCGGCUGGCCAUGGCUCCCCAGCUGUCGAUGAGUGCUAUGCCGCCCAUCCGAGCAGAUUUGAACUUCGUCGACGUGGAAAAUUUCAUGCAGAACGCGACCCUGACGGCGGACGACAUUGACCUCUGCCCCAUGCCCCCACCGGAACUGGUCGAGGAGUUCCAGACCCCGCGGCCGAAUGUCGGUCCCCCGAUGCCCAUGCCGUUUGACGGCAUGGUGGGCACCGGCGAGUACGUCCAGGCCGACCCGGAGGCGGAGAAGCGCGAGUUCCUGGAGAAAUACGACAUGUGCCCGCAGAAGGUGGUCGCGCCAAUCGCCACGGUGAAGCUGGACAUGGAGUCCUUCCAGAAGAAGUCGCUCACCGCCAGUUUGGCCACCGGGGGACGGGCACUGGAGCACUGCCAGAAAUUUUUCGUCACGGACGCGAGUGCUGCGCUCGUGGAAAAGAACCUGACCGACUCCCCACGUGGCGUGUUAGCGUCGCCACGCGGAGUCGCUGGUCUGUUCGCCACCACCACAUCAGGAGCCUCGGCGGACCGCGACAACCUCCGCGGCAAGAUGAAGUCUGGACGCAGUAGAGGUGGGGGUACAACUUCUAACGCGGGAAACUUAAGCGCGAGAGGUGGGCCUGCAAGUAGUGUACCUGGAGGUGGGAGAAAUAGACCGGCCUCGAAGACGCUGCAGCGUGGCACCUCGUCCGGAGCUGCAGUGAAUAUUAACAAUCGAAUCGCUACGCCAAGCUCCAAAACAAGCGCGAAAGGAGCGAGCACCACUGGCACUAGAGCGGGAAGCAAACUAGGCAAAGCCGCCCUAGCGCCGCCAAGUGCGGAUGGCGCUGAGGCCGCGGAGCAAAAGAACACACAGAGCGACAGAGUCAUGAACACCAUCGAUCCGACUACAUCAAGCACAACAACUGGAGCAAUUGCCAGUACAAAUAAAGCUCCGACAGAACAACAACCGCAGCGACCGAAAGCACUGCCGAUGUUCAACAUGGUUCCGAACACGCAGACCGUGCGCGCACUGAUGACCCCGAGACCAGCACCGCCAUUGACGAACAAGUCUGGCGCUGGAAGGCAGUCGCAGUCCGGCAACUUGAGCAGCGGGAGUGCGAGCGGUUCCGGGCCGGAACGACAGAGGUCAGCUUCCUCCUCUUCCAGCCGACAGGGGGCGCCGGCCUUUGGAUUGCAGAUGGUAUCGCUUUUCCCGCCAAGAAAAAGUGUGACCGGCGCGAACAGAGAAGACGCUGUUCGUCCGGAGAUGCGUGCACCCACACCGAAACCGCCGGCCCCACAGUUGCAGCCCCCUCCGGAGAUGAUCCUGCAGGAACAAAGAGCGAUGCAAGAGCCGCAGCCGCUGCCCGGCGUUUUGAUCCAGCCCAUGAGCGUGCAGGACUUGCAACGCAACACCAUGCUGAAGCCGGGGGAUCGAAACUUUUCCAGAAACAAGAUCGUCGUGCAAGAACCGUUCUCAAUGCCCCAGAGCAACGCCGCCGUGAUGGUGGAAAGCGGAAUAAAGGCCGCACAGGUGGUUGCCGCUCAACAGCAAGAGGAGCAACAGGCAGCACAGUUGAACAACAACACGACCCGAACGACGGAACGAAGGCAGCACCACGGGCAUACGCACUCCACGAGGAUAAAGGAACGCGAGCCGCACGGCCAGAAAAGACGGUCAUCCAGUCGCGGUCAGCAUUACCGGCAUCAUUCGAAAUCCAGGCACUCUAGUAAAACCACCGAGGAUCCCAACCCGGAAGACCGAGAGCUGUCAAUCCCUCAGCCUGCGGUCGAUUGGCGAAAUCCAAGUAUCGUCUGCAAAACCGGACUGCCGACGGAUUGGGCGGCGUCUAGCCGGGAGCAGUUUCGCAACACUAUGCAGAACAAAGUAGCGCAGAUAGCCGAUAGUCUCGCGCCGAAGCUAGUUUCCACGGUUGUCUUCAGUCCCCGGCUGAAAGAAAAGGAACAAAACAAGACAAAAAAGGAAACAUCAAGUAAGCGCGGAAACAGCCCGACGACCGGAGGAGUGCUUAGUAGCGACGGCGGCGGGGGUAAAAACACCUCCGGGUCCUCCAGCUCGCGGCCCGGGACUAAAACCACAGCCAAAAAGAGACCGAGUACUUCAUCUACUACAACUGCCGCGCAAAAACGAUUACCCGCAAGCAAUUCCACAACAGGCCCCGAUCUUAACGACGAACUUGCAGCAAGGGAAGGUGCUGCUGUAGCACCAGCAGUAGAGAUGAAUUACGCAGCAUCCACCUCCACACCAGGGGCUGUGCAAAUGCAAAACAAGAGCAACACCGAGGCAGCCGCUGUUUCGCCCCUUUUACUCGACGAAGCCGUCGCCGCCGAGGUGGAAGAGUCUCUGGAGCAGAGCCGGGCGAGCAGCAAAAACAAGAUCCAGGCCGUCCUGUUCACCCCUAGAUCCCGCGGUCAACCACCCGAGCAGCAGCGCGCCGGCAGCCACCAGAUGGCGCUUUUGCGGUCCCAGUCCUCGAACACGCAGAGCCAAACUAGUACAUCGAGAGAUACCACCAGCAGUAACACUAGAACAACCCCCUUGAAAAAAGCAGCGACUGUGUCCCUAGCUGGCACAACUCCUGAUGAACAACGUAGUGGCAAGGUGGUUCACACAAAAGCAGCGCUGUACAGCAGGAAAGUGAAAGCUACUUCAUCUGGGGAUGCUGGUGGUCGUUCACGGUCAUCAGCGGGGUACAGUCCCGUCAGCCGGCAGUCUUCCACUUCUGUGCUCCCGUCCUCUUCUCGGGGCGGCGGUACCACACCCCUGGUCGUGGAAUACUCCUCCGCCAUGACGUCGCGCGCGCGGACGCCCACUCCGCCAAAGAGGACGCGAUCCCGGGGCGGUGGAAGUAGUACAUCGCCGAAGGCGGGAGCACGAAGUCGAAGCCGAUCUGGGUCGAAGAAUAGCCGUAGCCCACCACCGACCGGUAGGCCGUCCACCGCGGGGAACCCUCAGCUCAGGAUUCUGCGGGAACGCCAACAAGACAAAAUCGCGGGAGAAGCCGCCGCGAAGAAGGCCGCAGAGAGAAAAGCUAGGAUUCAGGCCAGACAAAGCAGCAGAGGACCGGGUGCUGCUGCCGGAGGUGCUACCGCAACUCCCGAUCGAUUUACCUCGCCGGCGUUAGCUGAUCCGCUACAUAGAUACUGAGCAGCUCCUCAAACAUUUCAAGUUUUUUUUUCACAUCGAAUUCUCCUCGCAAUUCUAGCCUACCCACACCUACUAGUAGUUGACAUAAAUAAGAAAGAAAAAUCCCCCAUGAUCAUGAGCAAGAGAUUUGCGCUGGAUCGCAAGCAUGCUAGUGGUCACAGUAUUCAUUUUCUUUUUCAUUUAUCCACAUGAUCUUCCAAAUAGCCUGGGUAGCACAUCCUGCACACUCCUGCUCCGAGUUUUUUUUUACAUGUCUUAUGUCAUAGAGCAUGCAAGAAAGACAUCAACGUAAUUAUUUCAUCAACAUUUUUCGUUGCUUAACAAUAUUCAACGUGUCAUAGAUACAAAUCGCAUUCGCUGGCCACGAUCCAUCGAUCGCGAUCCAGGCCUCAUCUAUGUCCUUCAUUUUUCAAUUGUCACUAUCAUGAAUCAUUUGUCAUACGUCUAAAGGAGGGUGCUAUCAGCCUCUACGUCUACUUUCUGAUUCCAUUCAUACAUUUCCUACGAUAUGUACUGAAUUUCGCCAGAGCACCACGAGACAGAUGGUGAGUGCCUGAGGUUUUGGUUGUUGAAGACAUUCCUGGAUAUGGUUUUCAUUGCCUUCUGAUGUACAAAUUUUGGAAGACGCAAAUUUACCAUAGCCAUCCGUUCAUAUUGAUAUCACUCGAACGUGUUGC